AUGACCCCAGCUGCUGGCUGGUUGAUGAUUAACAAGGGUGAGAGCAUCACCUGCUGCCGGCCACGCGACCACAUGCCCAAGAAGGCCUCUGCCUCCCUUAUCUUUUCAACACGCGUUCGCAUCUGCUUCUUCAGUCGUCAUUGGGGCACCUGCCCUGUCUGUCGAGUGCCUUUCAAUUUCCCGCUCAACAGUUUGCAGCCUCUCUUGAACCAGCAUGUUGUUCUGUAUCCCAGGACUCCUUGCCAGGCAAGUCAGGUAUUUCAGAGUGCGGAGGUCAAGUAUUGGGGAUUGGGCUUUCUUAUAGGGGUUCAAUACCUGGGGGUGGGUGGCACUGUUCAAGGAGGGAAGGCGUUGGAAUCGAGGGAGAAUGCGAAGGUGAAGGGAGAACGACCGAACCCCAUUCCGAAUCCCAAGGAUGGAGUGGCAGACCAUGGGAAUGGUGGGAUUUACCGGGAUCGAGGCUCCUUCAGGCACAUGGAAUCCUUUCGGGACCGGAAGCCCCCUUCCGAUGACAUCCUCCGGAGGACUCGAAUGCAGGCAGCAUACGAGUUGUCUCAAGACCUUCUGGACAAGCAGGUGGAAUUCUUGGAGAGGAAGUAUGGAGGAGGACAAAGAGCCAGGGUGGCUGCCCUCACCAUCCAGAGGGCAUUCCGCCGCUACAUGAUGCUCAAAAGGUUUACAGCCAUCACCCAGCAGCUGAAGGCCGAGAAACGUCUCAGUCGACAGUCCUGGUGGCUGGACAAGGACAGAGACAAGGACAAGGAAUGCACCAUGGAGAGACGAGGCAUCCCUCGAUCAGUAUCCAUGAGAGAACCUGGCCCUGGGUCUCAUUUGCUUGGACCGGGAUCUAAUCCCAGCUUCCAUCUCACUGUGCCUGUGGAGAACCACAACUCUAUGCCUGUGAUGGACGAAGAUCCCUGCAACCGGAGUUACUGGAGUGAAGACCAUUCGAAAGAUGAGAGCGGGGAUAGCCAGUGCUACCUGAGGUCAGGGGAUACCAACAGCAGCUUCAGUCCGGUUGCGAACACUACCACAGUGACGGUGAGCGUGAAUGCAGAUGGGACUCGGAGGUCUCCACCCGACGUGCCCAGAAGGACGUCUUCUUUGUCGGAUCAACGAGCAGCACUUCCUCUGACUCGUUACCCUCCUAGUCAGAUCUCAGAGACGUUGAGGAAGAGGCAGUAUCGUGUGGGUUUGAACCUGUUCAACAAGAAGCCCGAGAAAGGGAUUACAUACCUGAUCCAAAGAGGCUUUCUGCACGGAUCUCCUCGUGCCGUGUCGCAGUUUCUUCUCACACGCAAGGGACUCAGUCGACAGAUGAUAGGAGAAUUCCUUGGCAAUCUCCAGAAUCCCUUCAAUGCUGCAGUCCUAGAUUGCUUUGGUGAUGAAGUUGACAUGGUUGGAUUGGAAGUUGAUGUGGCCUUGCGGAAAUUCCAGACCUUCUUCCGCCUCCCAGGGGAGGCGCAGAAGAUUGAACGACUAAUGGAAGUCUUUGCCCAGCGUUUCACUCAGUGCAAUCCUGAUUACAUUGGUGGAAGGCUUCGAAGCCCAGACACAGUGUUCGUGUUGGCAUUUGCCAUCAUCAUGCUCAACACGGACCUCCACUCUCCUAAUAUAAUGCCUCAGAAGAAGAUGAAGUUGGAGGAUUUCAUUAGGAAUCUACGAGGCAUAGAUGACGGUGAAGACAUAGAUCCAAACAUGUUGAAAGGAAUCUAUGAGAGGAUCAAAGGAGGAGAAUUCAAGCCUGCAUCGGACCAUGUGAGCCAAGUCCUCAAGGUCCAGCAAGCCAUCGUCGGCAAGAGACCUAAUUUGGCGUUGCCGCACCGUCGGCUGGUGUGCUACUGCCGCCUGUAUGAAGUGGGGGACGUGCAUAAACGGGACAGAAUCGGACAACAUCAGCGUGAAGUGUUCCUUUUCAAUGACCUCCUUUGCAUCACCAAGAUCUUUCAGAAGAAGAAGAAUUCUGCCACGUACUCUUUUCGUCAGAGCUUCACCCUCUCUGGCCUCUCUGUCUCCCUAUUCUCCACCCAAUAUUACCGUUAUGGGCUGAUCCUGAGUCAGAAGGUGGAUGGGAAGGUGCUAAUCACACUAAAUGCUCGCAACGAGCACGAUCGUUCGCGAUUCCUCGAAGACCUUCGAGAGAGCAUUCAUGAGAUGGAUGAGAUGGAGUCCAUCCGAAUUCAAGAGGAACUCGAGAAGCAGAGGGUUGUGGCAGCAACGACCUCGUCCUCGUCAUCGACCAACUCUUCAUCUGGUCACAAUCGAGACAGCGGAGUCGAGGCCGACGUGGAACUUGCUCAUCCGACGAAUGGGAACGAUGAGAGGAAGAAGGAUUUGAAGCGCUGCACCCUCAGCAAUUCUCUUCUCGACAUCCACGAUGCCUCCAGUACAGAACGGGGUCUUCAGCGGAGGGGGAGUUUUGGGUCCCUAGAUAGUGGGAUGUCAGUGUCUUUCCAGUCUACCAGUACCAACAACAGUACAGGAAGUACGACCAAUAACAGCACUGGGAGCGGAGAUUCUUCGUCCCCCCCUGGGAACAAGAAGCAGGCUCUUCAUCAUCAGAAUUCCUUCCUAGGUGGCCUUUUCAAGAGGGAAAGGAAGCACAGCCGAGGAGAUCUCGUCUGAUCCCCACAAUCAACGCGCUAGUCAAGAGACAGAGAUGUCGGGGAUUCUGGUGACAAGUACCCAUCUCUCUUGUCCACUCUCCCAUGGAGAGGAGAAUCUCUCUCUUUCUCUGUCAUCGUCUUCGUAUCCCGGAUGAAAUUCCUCAUCGUGUCUAUCAAUGUCAUUCGUCAUCAUGCUAAAUCAAAUAAACUAACUAUAUAGACCUUA